CUCAUCACUGAAUACACUAGUGUUUCCUGUGAAUUCAAGCAUAGAAUAGGCAAGUAAUAUUUGCCGGAACCAAGAGGAGUAUUAAUUUCGGUAUUAUUAGUAAUUAUCAGUAAAAUGAAUAUUAUUGAUUCUUAUGUAACCUGCCCAUUGGAAGUAUCGCAUCGGAUUCUAAGUAGUCGAUUGCAGACGCAUUUAUAUAAAUGCUAUAAAAAUUUUCCAAAGGACACAAAGAUAAAAUGCAUUUAUGACGCGACACAUAUAUUGGAUUUUGAUGAAUAUGAGCAGCAUCUUGAAAUAUGUCCAAGCAGUGGAAAUGUACGAUGUUAUAAUACUAUAUUGGAACCAGUACGUAAUGUAGGAAUUCCAAUACAGCAAGUAUGCAGUCUACAGACAAAUACAACAGAGGACGAAGAUUGGUAUGGUAAUAAUCCUUCAUAUAAUCCAUUAGCUGCUUCUGAAAAAAAAAAUGUUAUAAGACCAGCAAUAGCUAUGUCAAAAACAGAAAAGAAAAAAUUUAGGGAAUAUGAAAGACAAAGGUUAUUAAGUUUAGAAAAAGAAAAUAAUGAGAAAUCUUUUGAUAAGUGCAACAGUUCUGCACAAAAGCAAAUAGGAUGCGAUGAACCAUUAAGAAUUCCUAAAAAUAUUGCUAAAGCUGUGUCUUAUGAUCUAAACGCUUCGACUAGUAGUGUUAUUUCACGACUGAAAGACAUUUCGAUUAACAGCAACAAUGAUAUUCCAGAUUCAGAAAAUUCUUGCAAGUUGAACCUUAAUUCUUCAAAAACAAAUGCAGAUAUAAAGACAAUUUCACCUCAAAACAAUAAUUCUCAACUUAAACAAAAAGAAGAUAUACCGAAUGUUAAAAAAGAUACUUGUGCAUCGUCUCAAAAUAUGAAAAUGAAGGAUGAUACUUUGGGACCAAUAAAUUCAAAAACAAGCGUUAAUACUUUAAAAGAAAAUUUGGAAACACAUAAUAUUAAACAAAAGCCGAAUAAAUAUUAUACUUCAGAAAGUCAGAAUGGAAUUGAGUUGGGUGUACAAAGAGGCAUAUUACAUGGAGAACCAAAGAAAGUUAGCACUGGUAGAGGAUUUAUUCUUGCUUAUCAACGUUCAGGAUCUGAUGUAACAAAGGGAUCAAACAGAAAAGCUGGUUCUACAUUAGAUCGUAACUGUGAUAAAAAUGCACGUAGAUAUGAUACACGUACAACUAUUUUUUCACCUGAGGGUAGGCUUUAUCAAGUAGAAUAUGCAAUGGAAGCUAUAAGUCAUGCAGGCACCUGUGUUGGUAUUUUAGCAACUGAUGGUGUACUACUUGUAGCUGAAAGACGUAAUACAAAUAAACUUUUGGAUGAAGUCCAUUAUUCUGAAAAGAUUUACAAACUCAAUGAUGAUAUUGUGUGUUGUGUGGCUGGUAUUACGUCUGAUGCUAAUGUAUUAACAAAUGAACUGCGUGUAAAUGCACAACGUCAUUUACUACGAUAUGGAGAACCAAUCCAUUGCGAACAGCUUGUUUCUUGGCUUUGUGAUUUAAAACAAGCAUAUACACAGUUUGGUGGAAAAAGGCCUUUUGGUGUUUCAAUUUUGUAUAUGGGAUGGGAUAAACAUUAUGGAUACCAAUUGUAUCAAUCAGAUCCAAGUGGAAAUUAUGGAGGAUGGAAAGCAACUUGCAUUGGAUAUAAUUCUGCCGCUGCUGUGUCUUCAUUAAAACAGGAAUAUGAUAAUAAUAACAUAACAUUAGCAGAUGCUAAAGCAUUAGCUAUUAAAGUGCUAUCAAAGACAUUAGAUCUGAAUAAAUUGUCUGGAGAUAAAGUGGAGAUAGUCACUUUGACAAGAGAAAAUGGCAAAACUGUUACUAAGAUUCUUCCUGUAAAUGAAGUUGAUGCCUUAAUUGCUGAACAUGAUCGUUUAGAAGCACUUGCUGAACAAGCCAAGAAAGAAAAACAAAAAUUGUAGAAUAAAAAAUAUAUAUGUAUUUUAUUUUCAUCUUGA